AUGGGUAAGCCAGACCAGGAGCUGGAGGAAAGGCGCCUGCGGAAUUAUCAGAGCCUCCUGAAGCUUGAUGGCCAGCACCUCGUCUUCAAUUGUGAGCCCUUUGAAUGCCGUAUCUGCCUGUCGGAUGUGAAGCUGGGGGAAGGCAUUGUGCUGCGAGACUGCCUGCACUCCUUCUGCAGAGAUUGUCUCAAACAGCUGAUCCAGAGCAGCACUGACCCACAGGUGCCCUGUCCGUACAGAGAUGAUAGCUACGCAUGUGACAGCAAACUGCAGGAGCGCGAGAUCCGAGCGCUGGUUUCCCACGAAGACUAUGAUAAAUUCCUCGACCGCAGUAUGAAUGUUGCAGAGAGCAGCAGUGAAAACAGUUACCACUGCAAAACAGCAGACUGCAAGGGCUGGUGUAUCUACGAAGACACAGUCAAUGAGUUUUGCUGCCCCAUCUGCUUGAAGCUCAACUGUCUGCUCUGUAAGGCAAUCCAUGAAGGUAUGAACUGUAAACAAUACCAGGACGACCUGCGUAAUCGGGCAGUGAGUGAUUCUGCAGCUCGCCGAACCACCGAGAUGCUGAAGACAAUGGUUCAGAAGGGAGAGGCAAUGCAUUGUCCAAAGUGUAAGAUCAUUGUGCAGCUGAAGGACGGAUGUGACUGGUUACGAUGCCCGAUCUGUCACACGGAGAUCUGCUGGGUUACCAAGGGAUACCGCUGGGGGCCUGGGGGACCUGGAGAUACGAGUGGAGGAUGUCGCUGUCUUGUCAAUGGCCAGCGCUGCCACCCACUGUGUCAGAAUUGUCACUGACACCUCACUGUCCCCUGAGGGAGGUGGGAGGGGGAGGGGGUUAAGGUUAAAGAACCCACUGAUCCCACGCAGUCUGUCACAACUAACCAGUGAGGACAGUGAAAUGCACAGGUAGCUCCACCUCUUGCUGCUGGACCCCCAGUGUGAGCUUUGCUGACCAUUUCACAAGCAGCUCGGACAGCCUGUGGGUGUUGGGCAGAAGGUGGAAUAAUGGCAAUGUUACGAGGCUAGUGUUGGUGGCGGGGUGGGGGGGAGCGGGGUUGCAGGCCACUGUUCUGGGGACAUGGGUUCAAAUCCCACCACAAUGGCUGAUGGAAUCUAAAUGCAGCUCCUCUGGAUUCUAAAGCUAGUGUCUGUGAUGGUGGUCAUUAAACUUUCACUGUCCACCAAUGUCGUUCAGGGAAGGGAGUCCUUCCCCUGGUCUGGCCUACGUGUGACUCCAAACCCACAGCAUGUGGUUGCCUUUUAGCUGCUCUCUGGGCAAUUAGAGACAACCGAUAAAUGCUGGCCUUGUCAACAAUACCCACAUCCCACCAAAGACUCACGAACCUUCACUUUCCAGUGUUGAUUUGUUGGUGUAUAUAGUUGCUGAGAGGGUGAAUGGUUUUAUUUGAUGACUGGGAGUGAUUCACUCCCCUUGUAACUGAAUACUGGGAGAUGUCUUUUUAAAAUUCAUUUACAGUAUAUGGGUAUCACUGGCUGGGCCCAGCAUUUAUUGCCCGUCCCUAGUUGCCCCUUGAGA